AUAUAUAAAGAAUUGGAAUUGAUGCAGAGAGCUAGAGAAACUCCUGCUCCCCUUCAAGAUGGCCAGGAUUCUGUUCCUAGCAUCUUUCCUGCUCUUAGUUGCAGGUGUAUAUCCUGACUUGCUACCAGAGGAUAAGAAAGAAGACUUGGGAGGAGAUGUUGAUGAGCCUGCAGCACCCACAGCACCUGUAAUCGUAGUUACUGGAGUGAUAAGUGAUGAGACCACAGUGGGAAAGGUUGAGACCACAACGGCAAAGGUUGAGACCACAACGGCAAAGGCUGAGACCACAACUCCAGCAUCAACACCUGGGUGUAUUACCCAGGGAGGAAAGCCGGGAUCGUGUCCAAACCCAAAUUUCCGGCCUCGUCACCAUGGGCACCAUGACCACGGCCCACGUCCAAAAGGAAAGGGAUUCAAGAAGCCAAAGCAUGAUUCCUCUUCUGAGGAGUUGGUCCUCUCAGAAUGGAAACCCAAGUUCCAUUCCUCUUCUGAGGAGUCUGGCUCCUCAGAACGAAGGCAGAAAAACGGUGGUCGCCAUCACCAUGGGAAGAAGGGACAUCGGAAUCUCUGCAACACUCCACCAUGUGGGGAAGAUGGAGACUGCCCAGAUGAUCUGAAGUGUUGCCAUAUUUCCCACUGUGGGAGGAGAUGUGUGAGACCCGUACCCAUGCUGCAAGGAAACAACCUCGGGGAAUAAGUGUCUUAAUCUCUGAUGCUUGUUCCAAAGCUCCAUCUUUGAACUCGAAUUGACGUCACAGCAGGACUAACAACCACAAGAUGGACCGGCUGAAUAAAUUCUGCGCCCUUUCAGGUUUAAUUGGCUUCCUCAAAAAGCAAAACAAAAAAAACAACCAGAUUAAAAAAUAAAAGCAUUAGCAACUGAUUUUCAA